AUGGAAACAAGCUAGCUGAGAUGCCAUUUGUUGGAACCUGUGAAAAGUACAGGGGCAAAGGAAUGCUGCAGAAACUACUUACUGCCCUAGAAUCUGCCCUUUGCUUUCUGAAAGUGGAAAAUCUUGUGAUUCCAUCAGUACCUGAGCUUGUUCCAAUGUGGAAGGAAAAGUACAGCUUUUCCCCCAUCAGCAAUAGCUCGAUGAAGGAUUUAAUCUUCACCAACACACUGAUGUUUCCAACUGCUGUCAGACUUCAAAAAUCCUUGGCACUACAACCCACAGACCCAACCGAUGCAGAUGAUGAUAAAUUGAACAGAGUCGCACUUCCAGACCUGAAUCUGGCACCCCCAGAAGACGAUCUUAAUUAAUAUCUUAUUUUGUUUCACAGUGUCUUGUACGUGUACCACUGUCAUACCAUUAUUUGAUUAUUACAUAAUUAAUAAUAAUAAUAAGCAUACAAGGUAUGUAAUAAGCAAACAAGGGUAUGAC